CUUUGCAGGCCAAAUUCCAAUCGUGUUUUGUUUUAGCAUGUAACUUUCUCAAGUUACUGCAAGUCUCAUUCUGGUUUUUGAAUUUUUCAGCCUGAUGAUUUGGGGUAUAGAGCUUUAUGCUGGAAGCAGAGUAGCCUCACGCUCUAAUGCAGGCUUUUAGUGUAUGGUAAAGGAUUUUUUGCAGGUGUGAAGGCAUCGUGUGUAACAAGCCUAGUCUAGACAUGGAGAGUUGCUGAUGGUGGCUUAUUCUGGGCUUGCUUACAAUUAACAAGAGGGUAGUCACUACAACUUGAGCCUCAGCUGCCUUGCCAAGCAAGUACGGAUACAUGUAGCUUCUAAAGAAGCUGAGAGAAUGCGUCAAAUUUUACUGGUCUUGCCGUUACCAGGUGUUUUAAGACCACAGAAUAAAGGCCUCAAAUUUCUUAUUUAUGCCUGCCUGCUGCUUUUUUCUGUGUUGCUCUCUCUACGUCUGGAUGACAAAAUUCAAUGGAGUUACUGGGCUGUAUUUGCUCCAAUAUGGCUCUGGAAGCUAAUGGUGAUCGUUGGUGCCUCGGUGGGAACAGGAGUAUGGGCCCGAAACCCGCAGUAUCGAGCAGAAGGAGAAACCUGUGUGGAGUUCAAAGCGAUGUUAAUUGCAGUAGGCAUCCACCUGCUUCUGCUGAUGUUUGAAGUUCUGGUGUGUGACAGGAUCGAAAGAGGAACCCAUUUCUGGCUUCUGGUCUUCAUGCCGUUAUUCUUUGUAUCUCCGGUGUCAGUGGCAGCUUGUGUGUGGGGAUUCCGACAUGACAGGUCUCUGGAGCUGGAAAUCUUGUGUUCAGUCAAUAUUCUACAGUUCAUAUUUAUUGCACUCAGACUAGACGAGAUCAUCAGAUGGCCGUGGCUUGUUGUUUGUGUUCCACUGUGGAUCUUGAUGUCCUUUCUGUGUCUAGUAGUGCUCUAUUACAUUGUAUGGUCUGUUCUGUUCUUGCGCUCUAUGGAUGUGAUUGCUGAGCAAAGGAGGACGCACAUAACAAUGGCUGUCAGCUGGAUGACAAUUGUAGUUCCACUGCUCACAUUUGAGAUCUUACUAGUACACAGACUGGAUGGGCACAAUUCUUUUUCUUUUAUACCCAUAUUUGUUCCUCUCUGGCUUUCACUGAUAACUUUAAUGGCAACAACAUUUGGACAAAAAGGCGGAAAUCACUGGUGGUUUGGAAUUCGCAAAGACUUCUGCCAGUUCCUGCUUGAAAUUUUCCCAUUCUUACGAGAAUAUGGAAAUAUUUCUUACGAUCUUCAUCAUGAAGAUAAUGAGGAAACAGAAGAAACACCACUGCCCGAACCCCCAAAAAUUGCACCAAUGUUUCGAAAAAAGACUGGAGUGGUCAUUACACAGAGUCCUGGAAAAUAUGUGAUUCCACCUCCCAAAUUAAAUAUUGAUAUGCCAGAUUAAGAUGACAGUAGCAUAUUAAACUUGAACUGGGAAUCAGCAGACAAACGUAUUUCAUCUCAUGCCUUGUCCCAAUUACUUUAAAAUAGGUAUUGCUGAAUCAGUGGCUUGGAUUACACAAAUCGGAGAUCUUGACAAUAAUCUGAGAGCUUUUCCAGAGAGAUGUGGUGGUCUAAUUUGUGAACCUUCCUGACUGGUUGGUUGCACGCUUGCCUGUAUAGUAUUUAUAUGAACACUUUAGCAGUGUAAUAUAUUGUUUAAAAGUCUUGUUGUGUACAGUAUAAGUAUUAUCUAAAAGUAUUUUUUUAAAAACCCUGUAUGAAAUACCUAUGCUAUUCCAGGUGUGUCUUAGCUUCUAAAUAUACACUUGAUUUCCAUGUCUGUUUUAAAUGCUUCGGGGAUGUCUUAGUAUAGUACCUCUUUCCUGCUACUUCUUUUCAGCCACAAUCAUUGUCUUAACCACAGAGGCGCAGGAGUGUUGCACUUGGGCAAGACUGGAAAGCUUUUUUUGGGCGAAAAGGAAUGUAUACAACUUACAUGACAUUUUUGAGUUAGCUGUGUAAAUUUUCAUGGAAGUAUUUCAACUUUUGCACUGACUUUGGAGUUAAGCGUUGCUGUUGUUGCUUUUCCAGUUUCAUGUUUUAAUUCUUCUGGAGCAGCACGUGCACCAGUCUCCCAUUAGACUGGGUGUUUAAUAAGCUGCUCCCUCUUGCAUUGUGUGUGCAGUCUGUCCCAGAAAUAUUGGUUGUAGGUUUUGGAGCUGUUGGUUAGCUGGUAUACAUAUCAUAGCUUGGUCUUCAUUACCAACUUUGUAUUGGUGUAAAUGAUGAAACUUUUCCAGAUAGGAACUUGUUGGUGUUGGUAUAGCAUUAUCUAGUUUGAAGAAAGACCUCCUUUGACAGACUGUUUUGGACUUCUAGGUGCUUAAGAGAAAUUUCAUCUUUGAAACCUAUACUCCAGUAGCUUAUAACAGCAGAUGCUGGAUACUCCUACAUCCUUGCAGCUGCUCUUUGCAUUUAGGUGAAUCUACAGUUUAGGUAGCUUAAAUACCAUGGAUCGUGCUUCCUUAGUGUUAGCAAGGCAAUGAGAUAAGAGCAAAGAGUGUAUGGACACUUCUGCAUGUCUGAAAGGGGUGCACCUGAAAAACUUCAGAGAAGUGUUGCUUUCAUUCCUAACACUGCAGAGCUCCCUCUUCCUCCCUGCGGCCCAGCUACAGGCUGAAACCCAACACAGCACUGUCCUGUUACUACACUUAAAAUUUCAUUGCAGUUUCAUUUAGUUUUUGGCUCUUGAGUCAAAAAAAAAAAAAAAAAUCCGUAAAUGAAAAGCAACAAGUGCUGUUUAGCACUUGCUGCUGCUGGUUCACGUUGCCAGGAGGUGGACACUGCUCUGCGAUGUCACAGCAGCACAGCAUGGGUGUCAGUGAUGUUUGAGAAUCUUCCCUUGGGAUGCUCAGUCAGUUGGUCACUUCCUUUCAGCUGGCUGUCUGGCAGGACAGUCUAGCUGCUAAGGUAGAUGGCUUCAACUGAAAAACUUACUCAAACUGAGAAAAAAGAACUUAAACUGGAGCUUUCCUCGUUGGAAGAGUCAUGUGAUUCUGUUCUGGCCAAGGGAGUUGACUUGUCAGGCUUCACUUCUCUCCAUCCAGCAUGUGACAAGAGGGCAGCCUAGUUGACACUGCCUUUGGACCGCCAAUAGAAGAAAGGGCUUUACAGACUUUGACUAAGUGACCCCAGUCAACAAGAGAGCUUCUGAAUUCAUGUGAGGAGAACUCUAGCACAGGUGAUGCCUCGACAUGCCUCAGCUUUCUGAAGAAGCUCUGGAAUGUUGUUGAAAGCGAUUGGUUUGAGUCCAUUUGGUGGGGGGACAACAGAAAGUGUAUAGUGAUUCAUGAAGAGUUGUUUGAAGAGGAAGUACUAGCAAGAAGAGGAUGUCUUGAGAAUUUUUGAAAGUGAGAGCAUGAGAAGCUUCACUCGUUAUUUCCAUAUGUACGGAUUCACCAGAAAGCUGUGGGAUUUUCCAAAACCAGGCUUGUGCAAUGACUUGCUAGCAGAAGAAACGGCUAGGGAGGUACGUUGGAUCCUCUACAUGCAAACUAAAACUCAGAAUAUUCUAGUGGGACAGAUUUCUGUUUUAAUGAAAUAAGCCUUUACUACAUAGGAGAUGAGGGGAUGGUGGUAAAUGUUCUGAUUGUCAUUUGUUUCUUGGCUCCUGUCCAGGAGUUUGAGGUAGCAUUUCUGAGCAGUAGAAAUGUUGACAAAACAAAAUUUCCAAUUACUUAGAACACAAAUGAAGAUAUUAUCAUUGUUAUAGGAUUAUUUUUUGGUAUUUACUGUGUGUCUUGCUGUACCAGAUGUGCAAUUUGCUGCAGGCUGAGGAGGUACAUGUCAGCAUCACGUAGCUACCUCCAUGUUCAUUCCACACUAAAGUUGCUGAAAAGUAAUGGUAUGUGGGUUUCUAAAUCAGUUGGCAUGCUUCUGAAAAUCCUAUGCUUCCCCACUACCAAGUGGCAAAAGCACAAGCCUGGUUACUAUUUAAAAUGGGGCGAUGCAGUGCUGUUGUUCAGCCUGCACUUCAGGUUUAGAACACCCCUGGUAGUCCAUUUUAACACCCACAUUUCUCUUUAGCAAUUAAAAUUCUUAGUUCUUGUAUCUUUGUGGUCUCUAAUCUCAAGGUGGUGGCAACUAACUCUUGUCCUUUGCAUUU